CCAAGGGGAAUUUCCCAAAGAGGAACAGACCUUGCCAUGGGGAUGUAUUUUGUACUCUGCUGCAUGGUAAAUCACUGUCUGCUCCUGCAGUUUCCAGGUGGAUGAUAAUGGCUGAUACCCCUAAUCAUGACAAGGUAACCUGCACUCAGGGUUCUGCACAUUGUUCCAGCGCAGCAAAGAGCACAGAGCCUGGGGAAUUGGGGGAAAUGAGCUCUUGGGGGAGAAAGCUGGAAAAAAAGACCUUUCUAACGUUGAUCUGACCCAACCAAAGUGUCUGCUGCUGUUUCUUACAUUACUGAGCUCUUGCAGUAUGUUUCUGCUGCCUUUGUUUUGUAUGUGCCUGGGUCUGGUGGUGAGUCCCAUGCCCUGGACAUGUGGAGCCUUUUGAGGAGUAAAUGCUGUUGCUGUGUGGUGGAUCUCUAAGCCCUCUUCCUGCUAUGAACAUCAUUCCCAUCCCUUUCCCUCUCUCUCCCAGGUCCAGUCUCUAUACAAGUAGGGAGCAGAAUUAUGGGCUGGAGCCAUCCAGUAUCAAGAGUGUUUGUAUUUGUCCAACCAGGGUUUUAUCUGCACUGAUGAACUCCACUUGUUGGAAACUUGCUUUCCCUGGAAACCAUUUCAAUUCUGUCCUCAAAAAUGGCCUAAAAUGCUUGUCCUGCAGCUUGUCCCUCAGGUCCUUAAAUCCCUGUUAAUGCUUCCCCUGUUGCUUGCAUUUUGUCCACCCCUUGCAUUUUGUCCACUCUGGUUCUGCAGAGGUCAGACUUCCCUUUUGUUUUCUUUCCCUUCUGCCUUCCACUAACGAUACAUUUUUAGAUUUUUCAGCAUUCUGGGUGCUUUUGUGGAGUGCAGGUUAAAAGUACAGGCUGUUAAUGCAACAAAUGCUGCUAUGCUGUCUGCAAAUGCCCAAGGGGAGCAAACUGGGACAUCUCCCAGCAUGUCCCUCCCACCUUGUCCCACUAAUCCCUGCACAGGCUCUUGCCCCUCACUGCUGUGUUUGUUCCCAGUGUUUGCCAGGACUAUGCCAUUGGGAAAGGGGGUGGCUGGGAGGGUGAAUGUGGAUUCUGGGCUGGCUUUCUGCCCUUCCCUGGGCAGUGGAGUGUCCGGUGCACUUUGAUCCCUGGAGGGAGGCUUGGCAGAGGCAGCUGGCACUGCCCAAGCUGGGAACGGGCUCCACAGCACACCUUGCUGCAUUCCCAGUGGGAGAGAGGGUGGGAGUGUGUGGGUCAGGAUGAGGCCUCUGCUCUGGGCUGCCUGCAGCCAGCUGCUGCCCCGGAGAGCUGGGCUCUGCGCUCCCAAGCCAGCUGUGACCACUAUGGUGACCGCAUCACACCACAUCCUGUGGCCUCCGGCCCUUCUGGCCACCUCCAGCUCCCCAGCCAGUGUGUCCACAGGGUUCCUCCAGCCCAUGGUCCCAGGGAGCAGAGCCCCCAGCUGCUGGAGCUCGCAGUUCAACGUGCCCCCCAGUGCCCUGCUCGUGGCCCGGCCUGUGGGGGUCUGCUCCAUGAUGAGGCUUCCCAUGCGGGCUUCUGCAGAGGGACUGGACGUGGUGUUUGUCGGUGUCCCGCUGGACACAGGCACGUCCAACCGGCCGGGAGCCAGGUUCGGCCCGCGUCAGAUCCGCGCCGAGUCGGCCAUGGUGAGGAGGUACAACGGCAGCACCGGCGCGGCGCCCUUCGACUCCCUGCGGGUGGCCGACAUCGGGGAUGUGAACGUGAACCUCUACAGCCUGCCUGACAGCUGCCGCCUCAUCCGGGAGUCCUACCAGGAGAUCGUGGCCUCUGGCUGUGUGCCCCUCACCUUGGUUCUGCGUAUCUGGUCCUCCCUAAAAGCAAGACCAGGAGAAGAGAGGACCCAGGAGAGGAAGCAACCUGCACAUGGGAGUGUUAGUUUUCCUUUGGCAAUGAAGCCCUGCAUAAUGUAUUCCCCCUCUUCCCCAUGGCUUUUUGCAGGUGGAGAUCACACCAUUACAUACCCAAUCCUGCAGGCCCUGGCGGCAAAGCACGGUCCCGUGGGACUGGUGCACGUGGAUGCUCACACUGACACCGGGGACACGGCUCUGGGGCAGAAGAUCUACCACGGGAGCCCAUUCCGGCGCUGUGUGGAGGAAGGGCUGCUGGACUGCGGCCGCGUGGUACAGAUCGGCAUCCGAGGCUCCUCCUAUGACCCCGAUCCCCACAAGUACUGCCGGGAACAGGGUUUCCGCGUGGUCCCAGCUGAGGAGUGCUGGAUGAAGUCCCUGGAGCCGCUGAUGAGGGAGGUGAAGGUGCAGAUGGGGGAAAAGCCGAUGUACAUCAGCUUCGAUAUCGAUGGGCUGGACCCCGCCUACGCCCCAGGCACUGGCACCCCGGAGAUAGCCGGGCUCACACCUGCACAGGCUUUGGAGAUUAUUCGUGGCUGCAAAGGCCUGAACAUAGUGGGGUGUGACCUUGUGGAAGUUGCACCAAUGUACGAUGUCUCUGGCAAUACAGCCCUCCUGGGGGCAAACCUACUGUUUGAAAUGCUGUGUGUCCUCCCAGGAGUGAAGACACUGUGAGGGCAGUUCCCAUCUGCCCUGGGGCAAUGCUUCUCUGUGUCCUCAGCCAGGCUUUCCAUGUCCCCUUCCCUUCAGGCAGCUGCAGCCAGCAUGGACUUUGCAGCAUGAAAUAAAUGCCAUUUAGCACUAGAAAA